AACCUUCCCCCGGAAACAGUCGCCGCGGACGGACGCUCCCUUUAGCGAGUGCGGAUGGUAGCGGACAUGAGCUCCUGAUGCGUUUAGUCGCCGUUUCGUGUAAAUAAAACAGGCUGCGGCCAUGCGGCUGACAUCGAUCAUGAUGGAGGUCCUGUGUACCGUAUAUGUGACUCUGUCCGCCAUCAGACAGGGAGCGGUGCUGACCGCAGCCGAGGUAAGUGAGCCAAAGGAGAUAAAAAUUGUGGAGGACGCCUACAAGGGGGUCAGCUUGGAGGACAGCCCCGAAUUUGUGGAACGCGAGGAUCCAGAGCUGCGGCCGAAGUGGAGCUUCAAGACCGCAGAGAUUGCAGACGCCGUCCUGGGCACGGAGGUGUCCGUCGAUCCGGCCGGAAUGGAGUCCCUCAUUCGCAGGAACGCCAAGGCCGUGCAGGCCGGAUUCUCCGUGGCGCCGGGAGACCUGGCAGAUGGGAACGGCCCCGAAGAGAUGGAGCCGGUUACCCUGGGGAUGGUCCACGUGGACGCCAUGGCGAGCGAGGAGCAGAACUCCACCGAAGCGCCGAAGCAGCACAAAGUCAACUGUCACAAGAUAAACGUCACAGACACCGAUAGUCUGGCUGUGCAGAUACUAAAUGCAUCACAGGAUCUUAUGGAGUUCCUGAACGCUAACAGCACCGAAUGCUCUCUGGUCUUAUUCUACACCACGUGGUGCCAGUUCUCCGCUAGCCUGGCUCCCCACUUCAACGCACUGCCUCGCGUCUUUCCCGGCAUGCGCUUUCUGGCCCUGGAUGCAUCUCAGCACAGCAGUCUUUCCACGAGGUUUGGAACAGUCGCUGUCCCAAACAUCCUUCUGUUUCAAGGGGUUAAACCGAUGGCCAGGUUCAACCAGACGGAAAGGACCCUGGAGACCUUAACGGCAUUUAUAGCGAACCAGACGGGUUUCGAGAUCAUUCCGGGUCACAAUGUGACGGAGGAGGAUCGUUCGGGGCCGCUGCCCCCCAUCCCCGUCAAGGGCGUCGAUUGGCUGCUAGUGUUUUCCGUCACGUUUAUUUUUGGCUUUACGCUAUACGCGAUACUGCGGACGGACAGCAUCCGGAGGCUCAUCCCUGGACAGGAACAUGAACAUCAGGACUAAGGAGGGGUCUGUAUGAGUCACUGCAAGGUGAAUAAAGUAAAAAAUAAAAAAACAAUUUUAUAUUUAAUAUUAAUUCAGUCCUUGUUACAGAGCUGUUUUAUUCGCUGAUUUCCGAUUGUGCUUAAUAUUUACAAUAAAUAAUUUGAUUGAGAA